AUGGAUCCUUUGAAGUUCUUCCUCAUUUUUCUCUAUGCCACGGCCGCUUUAGAAACGAUCCAAGCCGUCCAAUACGAUAUCAUCAACAAUGCGACCGGCACACCCGGUGGGGCCCGGUUCGAGAACGAGAUCGGGGUUGCAUACACCUGGCAAGUACUUGAAAAUGCAGCCCCGUUCAUCUGGCAGACCUUCCGGCAAGGUGAGGCCGAUCGGGAGGACGUGAAGAAGGUGACCAUGUUCAUCGAGGACAUCAGCGGUAUUAUAGCUUACGAAAUCAACAAUGAGAUCCAUGUGGGGGCUAAUUACAUCGGGAAUAUCACAGGCGAUGUGCGGACGGAUCUUGAUGGGGUCCUCUACCAUGAGGCUGUGCAUGUAUGUCAGUGGAACGAGGGUGAGCGGGCCCCAUCUGUUUUGAUCGAAGGGAUAGCAGAUUACGUGAGUCUGAAAGUUGGGUACAUUCCUGCUCAUUGGGUGAAACCUGGUGAGGGAGAUAAAUGGGACCAGGGAUAUGACGUGACGGCUCGAUUCCUUGACUACUGCAACACUCUCAAAGAUGGCUUCGUGGCCGAUCUCAACGGCAGCUUGAGGACUAGUUACGGUGAAAACAUCUUCAUGAAGCUGCUCGGCAAGACAGUCGAUCAGCUUUGGAAUGAUUACAAGGCCCACUAUGGGAAUUGA